AACAAUCUCAGUUUGCAGAUGGCAUCAAGUGAUAAAAAUGACCGACAUCGGAGUAAUAGUUUGCCUGGGAAGAGUACUAUUAAGAGUAAGCGUGGGAAGAAUACUACCAAGAGUCAAGGAAAAUCGACCGUCUCUACAUCGAGGGCAUCUCAUUCUUCUAUUCCACCAUUGCAUCCUCCUUCACAUGGCCCGUCAUCAAAGAGUAAAGACAAAUCAGCUGUAUCUACACCGAGUCCAUCACUUUCUUCCAUUCCACCAGCGCAUCCUCCUUCACAUGGCCCGUCAUCAAAGAGUAAAGAGAAAUCAACUGUAUCUACACCGAGUCCAUCACUUUCUUUCAUUCCACAAGUGCAUCCUCCUUCACAGGGGACGUCAUCAUUUUCACAUUCUUUUUAUGGUACUCUGCCUCCCCUAGGCUAUAGCUUGAUCCCUCCCCCGGGAUAUAGUCCGAUGCCUCCACAGGGCUAUUCCGUGAUUUCACCUACAGCACCUUUCUACAAUAUGCCUCCCCCAGGUUGUUCCUCGAUGCCUCCCUCUUAUAUGAAUCCACCUGGAAUGCAUUCCGCUUACCUCGCUGCCGUGAAACGAUGUCCAUCUCCAGAGACUCCUUCGUCAGAGGCCACUCGAUCAGCCAGUCCACGCCUUUCUAGGCUAAAUGUUGGAUCGAGAAAUUCUGAGGCAUCUCCUAGCCGUUCUUCUACUCCUCUUCAGUUGAUGGUCCAAAUCUUCCAUCACCUGGAAAGUUAGAUCAUCUACGGAGGGUGCGCAUCAUCGCUGAUGGAGAAGGGUUUUAUCCUUCUAGGCCAGCUGCAAAUGCAAUCUCAACAGCAAUACAAAAACUUUAUAGUGGUGCCUUCGCGACGUAGGGUGAAGUGCCGUGUCAUACGCAGCAGACGAUCCUUAAUGAUUUUAUGGUAUGUAUUUGGUAGAGUUGAUAAAGAAAAAUCACAGCAAAAGGGAAAUCUUUCAUGUUUAAACUGUGACCGAGUUUUCCAAACUAGACACUACUUCUAUGUAAACAGAUUGCUUAUUAGAAAAUCUGAACCCAGCAAGUUGCUGAUGAACUUAGCAACAAGUAUUAAGAGUUUGCUGUAGAUUCUAAUGUGUUGUGCUAUCGACAAAGACUAUCGGAUUCGUGUCUGAAUGAGAAUUACACUGAACUUGGGAAAAUAGAAAAUGAACGUAUCAGGUUACUGUGAUUUUCAUAGUGUUAUCUACUCAUCAAAAUCAGAUCAACCUGACAGGAUGAUCUUUAAUACUUAAUUACAGAGAUCAUACAGAUUUCAUCGUCUAAUUUUGUGUUCUUAGUGUAGGCACUUCCGGACAUCUGUUUCUCUGAUGUUUGUUACAUAUUUGUUUGCAGAAAAAGUGUACAUGGAACCCUGUCGAGGAUAAUGUUAUUAGAAGUAAUUUUACAAAGAAGGCGAGUUCUCGGUUGUCAAACAUUUUUUCCGAAGCUCGGAAAAAAGGUCAAAAACCUGGCUGGCUUGGGACAGAUUACUGGGAGGAGCUUAAUCAAUACUGGGCUACGCCGGAGUUUCAAAAGAAGAGCGCCCAGACAAAGGCAGCUCGAAAGUCUGAGAAGGGUGGCUCAUUGCACACUUGUGGUUCAGUGUCCAUGGGGACUGCUAGGAGGAAAUUGCAAGUUACUCUUGGUAGACCACCCAAUCAUCAUGAGGUAUGGAAGAAGACACAUACGAAAAUUGAAGACGGAAAAGAAGUUUGGGUCGAGCCAGGGGCAGAGGAUACCUAUAAUCGGUAUAAUCAAGUGAUGGAGGAGCUCACUAGGAGUCAGUCGACCGAUGAUCAAGGCAAUACAAUCAUGCCAUCGGAGGAACAAAUUAUCUCCUGUUGGUUGGACGUGGUCAGCGGCCUGAAUAAGGGAAGAGAAUACGGCCUUUGCUCCGAGAAGAACUUUCACCGCCUCCAGUGUGGAUUGCAAGGUAUAGGAAGUUCUGCCACUGUGUCAAAUGAGCAGCUUGAGGAGAUGUGACACGAACUUUGGGAACUUGCUAGGAAUUAUGAGGAGGAGCGACGUAGGAUAAAUCUUGAGUCAGAUGUCAAAGAACUCAAGAAUCAGGUGUGUAACGUCAUCAAGUUGCCUCGCUCUCCGCCCCCGAGCCCCGAUCAUGAUGAUGGUGAGGAUGUAGAAGAUGAGGACGAUCAGGAGCAUGGAGAGGCUGAAAUGGAGUAUUAAGUGUCCGUUGUUAUUUUUGUUCUAACUUAUGUUAUUUUGGAUUGUUUGAAGUCUAGUGGGAUGGUAUAUGUUUGGAUAACGUUGACGUUGGUUGGAUUCGUACGUUUUUUGUUGGCUUAAUUUUAAUGUUUGAA